UCCAUAGUUUGUGUUGUUGUCAGAGAAUCCGCCAUCUUGACAGGUAAAUCGUGAAGUGAAGUGAAAAAACAAUGUGCAACUGCAAAAUAAAAUUCGACAACCAUGAUUUGGAAUGAUAUUCAAAUCCUUUAUCAACAAGACUCUCUGCCUUCGUGAUUGCAGGUGUCAAAAACUCUGACAAAGACACAAAAUCAAGCUUUACAUUCGUAGUUCAGGUGAUUUUUAGAUGGCUGGCAAGGUAGCCAACAAGUUGCACGUAACAAAGUUUUCAAGUCUUGAAUAUAACAAUGCCCCAUAUCUAGAUACAAACCAAUCGAGGGUUUGGAAUAUGGAAGAAGAUGAAGUUCUCGACCAACUUAAUGACGAGAGCUUCAACAAUCGAGUUGAAAUACUCGAACAAUUGCUUAUCAAGGUUAGACGAAGUGGUGGAAAACUGCCAUAUCGUGAUCCAAAGGCCAUAUUUAAUGGUUUAGCUCAGGCUCUUAAAGAUUCGAACUGGGAUGUUCGCCUGAAAUGCAUACAAUUAAUAAAUGAAGUAAUUCCCCAAUUUGGGGAUGAUUUAGACCCAUGCAUGACAGUUGUUUUAGGAAAACUUAUUCCAAAUAUUGGAGAGAGCAAAAUAACUGUGAGAAGAGCUGUUAUUCAAACCUUGCAUGUCUAUAUGAAACAUACUCGUAGAGUGCAAGGGUUAUUGAAAGCUAUUGUUCAAUAUGGCUUAGAUAAUAAUGAUCCACGUGUUGAAAAAGAAACAAUAAUUGCAUUACCAAUGCUUUUCACACCAGAGUUCGGAAGGGAAAACUUUUUUGACAUAACUCAAUCUUUGGCAAGGAAAUUACUGAACAGUUCUCUAGAGGAUAGUAUUCGUGAAAAUGUCCUCACAACUAUGGAGAAAAUUCGUAAUUUAGUAGGUGAACGGGAGUUUACCUCUUACAUUCAGAAACUUGCAGUGCCACUUAGGCGGUAUUACUGUCAGCUGACAAAUAGUGAUAUAGACUUGCAAGAUGGUUAUAACUCAGGAUCAACCACACCUAGAAAUUCAAAACCAUUCUCCAAGUCAACACAAAUGCCAAACAGCAGUCGUGCCCAGUAUGUUGAGUCAUAUGAAUUUGGAAUAGUCCCUAGUCAUGUAAUGAAUCAAAUAAAUGACCAAGAGAAUUUCAAAUUGCGUGCUCAAGGAGUUGAGGAAAUGAAGCGAAUUGUUGGAGACUUGCAACAUCAAGAGAUUGCAGGAAACCUUCUGCCCCACAUGAUGCCUUUCAUUAGUUUUCUUAAUAAUUUGCUAGAUGACAAUUAUUUCAAAACCACUACAGUUACAUUAGAAAUUUUAGAAAUUUUGGUGGAAAAAUUAGGCCAGAAUGUUAAGCAAUUUUUGAAACCUUUAUCUUCAACCUUGGCUAAAAGAAUGGGUGACAAUAAAAUAGUUGUGCGUCAGGCUGUGAUGAAGGUCGCCAUAAAAAUGAUGCAGAGUUACCAAGCAAAGCCUGUUUUAUCUGUGAUACUAGAAAAUAAUUUGACUCAUAAAAACUCUCGUGUGCGACAAGAAACUAUCAAUAUUUUGAUUGCAGCAUUGCUAACAUUCCCAAGUUAUGACUUUGAUCUCCCAAAAAUUUGUAAAACUAUUGCACCUUUAUUAACAGACAGUAAAAGACAGGUGCGUCAGGCGGUAUUAGAAUGUUUUGCUGUGAUAGCCCAAGCUAUGGGACAGGGAAGGAUGCAACCAUUAGUACAUGCUGUUGACACUGUUGAAUUAAUGAACGAAGGAGAAGGUGUCAUGGCUGCUGUUCAAGCACGGUUAGCAAGACGACAACUACCAAGAUUGAACUCAGAUCGGUUAGUGGAGUAUGCUACACCCAUGCCGAGUUCAGCUUCAUCGAGGAGCCAGUAUGUUCAUGGUGCUGACAUUGAAUGGAUAAUGGCAGUUGGUGGGUCAGGUUCCUCAGCUCGACAGUAUUCUAGAUCAGACACCAUGGAACUAGAGUCUGUCUCUUCAUCUGCCAGGUCAACACCUAAUGUCAUACCAAGUGAGAGUUUGACUCCAACCAACAGGACUCGAUUUUUAAGUGCUGGUCGAGGUCGUAGUAAACUACCAUGGGAAGAGGACCAAGAGGAAAGGGGAAAAUCAAUGACACAGUUGUUCAAUGAUGGACCUCCAAAAGCUAGGCACAUGUGGAGUGAAGAUAGUGGACCAUCACAAGACAGUAAUAGCAAUGGUAAACGUGUCCCUAAACGUAGAAUAACUGUAGUGGGAAUUAAUGCUGUAGAAGAAGCUCAGCAAGAACCAGGCUCAUACACACAGAAUUACCUAAAUAGAAAGAAGAAUAACCAAAGUGCAAAAGUCAACUCCAGCGUUCUUGGAGGCUUAGAUUUAGCCGAGACAGAUAGAGAAUCAAAAAUUAAGUUGAACCACAACCAACACGGUCAAUACAAACCACAAGUCCGACCUUUCCUAGAGGUUACUGGAAAUCUUGAUGUUCUCCCUUCUAACACGCACAAUGAAGAGGCUUAUUGGAGAGGCAAAGAUGAUGAAUCUCCAAUACCAACAAAAGCAGCCUUGGCAAGAUCUGCUACGAAAAGAAGUACUCCGAAGAAAGUUCCUCCUAUACCUGCCCAAUCAACGGAGAGAUUGGUAAGCCAUCAACGAGAGGAUGAUGGUGACAGUGCAUAUGCGACAUCCCUAGAAAGUACACUGGCAGAGGAAUCACACAUGGAGAUGAUGAAAUAUUUGAAGAGUAUCCAUGGAGGCCCUAAGAUGAUGCAUUCCUUGAAGAGUAUCAGGAGCAGUGCCAGUAAAAAGAAAGAAAAGAUAAGUAGCAGACAUGGAAGUCAGCGAAGCAUAUCCUCAAGGUCAAGGUCACCAUCACCUGACACACACGAAAGUGGAAUAUGGAGCACGGCAUCUUCAAAUAGAGAUUCUGAGUCGGAUGCUAAUUCAUUAUCAAGUCGCGGCAGAAAAGGGAAGAAAACAGAAUCACCAUUUGAAUCAAAACCAAAAUUAGCAAGAACUAACUCACUUGAACGUAAACCACAUGACCUUACUGUGGAUACUAAUAAAAAUGAAAUAGGAAAAUCUGUGAUUCGUAUAGAUUAUAAUCCAUCAAGUGGCGUGACUUUCCGUGAAAACAGGACGUCUGACGUCCAGGUUGUUGGUAAAGGUUAUAAUGAUGAGCCAAAUGAAACAAAACCAAUAAUAAUGGGAGCAAAUGGUCGGAGGAGGCGUGUUCAACCUAAAGGCCCGCUUUUGUCACCAUUAGGCGUGGCCUCUGUAAACAGUCACGGUGCUUUGGAUUGGGAUGACGAUAAAAUUCCCACAUCAGAUGGUAUUGGUGUUAUUGGCAAGGGAAUGUUUGAUUCUAGUAAUGGAUUUGAGCAUUCAUCAACUGGAAAUAACCAGUCUAAGGACAAUGAUAAAAAACCACAGCGAUCAGACCGUAAAGACUUCACCAGUGGUGUUGUGGGUGUCAGUGUCAACAACCGCACAGGAUCUAAUGAUGAACUCUUCAAUGAUUACGCUGAAGAAGAAGAUUUAAAUAAAUCCAUGAGCAAAGCUAUGAGAGAAAGAUUGGAAAAAGCACAGAAAAAGAAAGAAGAAGAAGCAGAACAACAGAGAAUUGAAAGAGAAAAGAAAAAACAAGAACAUGAUGAAAAAUUGCGGAAAGAACGAGAGAGGCAGCAAGAGAAACUACGUCGAUUAAAUACAAAUGAGAGCAUAGGUAUUGAGUCAAUAUCGAUAUCUAACCCUCCAGGACCACCUAACCAACCAGGACCACCUACACCCAAAACCAGAGCUUCUCCUUCAUUGUCCCCAAGGAAAUCUAUAAAGAAAACUUCUAGUCAAACAUCAGAAACUUCCAAAUCAAUGUUAGAAUCUGAUAACCCAGAUGAUUGGCAGCCUUAUCGUGAUCCCGACCAUGCAUUACGUGAUGCCAUGAACAGUCUUUCAAAUGAAGAAUGGGAAGUUAAAUGUAGUGGAUUAAACAGUAUUCGACGCCUAGCAUUGUUUCACCCAGAUACAGUCACCUCCCAAUUACAUAAUAUAUUGGUAGCAACAUUAAAAGAGGUGAAGAAUUUGCGGUCACAAGUAUCUAGAUUAGCCAUUAUCAGUAUAGGAGACAUGUUUACACAUCUCCAUAAGAAAAUGGAUGCAGAUAUUGAUAUAACUGCAAAAGCAUUACUUGCAAAGAGUGGUGAAAGUAAUGGGUUUAUUCGUGAGGAUGUUGAUAAAGUCCUAGCUGCUAUGGUAAACUAUAUCACUCCACAACGCUCUCUUCUAGCCCUUAUCUCAGGUGGUGCUACUCAUAAAAAUGUCGCUGUGCGGCAAACAACUUCUAAUUAUGUUGUUGGAGUUGUGGAGAAAAUGGGUCCUGGGAAAGUAUUAAGUGGUGUCAAAGAUAUCACAGAUCGCAUUUUACCAACUGCAGCCCACUUCUGUCUGGACAGCUCACCAAAAACUAGGUUUAAUGGACGAAGAAUCUUAGCUACUUUGAUGUCUCAUCCUGACUUUAAUAAAAUGUUAGAAAAACACUUGCCAGCAAAUACUCUUAGAAAUAUCAAAGAAAUUGUAGAUAUCAUAAAAAUUAAGGGCUUAGGAGAAAUACCAAGUGAAUCAUCUUCAGCCAGAGGUCUACGGUCAGGUCCCAGUAGUAGAGCUGGCUCUACUUUACGAGGUGGAUCUGCUGGCAGUGAAAAUGUUAAUAAUUCAUCCCCAAAGAAGUAUGUAAGAACAGAUGAAGGUACACAAGAUGAAAUAAAGCGAAUGACUAAUAUGAUUUCAUCUAAUGACUGGCGAGAAAGGCUCCAGGGUAUUACACAACUUCUGGAAUUUUGUGAAUCCCAUGCACAGGUUGUCGCUGUUAAUGCUACUAAGAUUUUUGACAAAUUUUUACCUCGACUGCAAGACCCUAACAGUAAAGUUAACUUGUUUGCUUUACAAGUCUUUCAACAGAUAAUACCAUUACUGUCUGACUCUUUAGCUGUUGUAUUAAAUAUGGCAGUAGGCAAUGUGGCCCCUAACUUAUCAUCAAAGAAUAAAGAGAUCUAUACUACUGCAAUGGACAUUAUCAGUGCCCUUAUGCAGAAUAUUGAUGGUGGAUUGUUGUUACAACCUUUGUCAAACCAAGCACAGUCAGCAAGUGCAAGAAGUAAACCUGAUUUAGUAGUCAAAGUAGCAGAAUUGGUCAGAUCUGUGUAUUCUAGGAAACAGAAACAAGUGGUGCUACAUGUGUUGCCACUAUUGUGGCAUUUACUUGGAGCCACCAACAGUAGUGGGGCUGUACAAGGGGGAAGUUCUAGUAUUCGGACAGCCACACAUGCAUUAGUUCAUGCUUUAUAUUCUGAAAUGGGGCAAGCGCUUAUGGAAAAGGCUCAAGCAGAUGCUAGUGUCACACCUAGACACUUAGAUUUGUUGAAUGAAUUGUUGGAGAGGUGAAAUUGAUCUGUGAUAACCUUGUUUGACCUCUUAUAAAGGUCAUUUGUUGUUAAUGGCAGCAAAGCCAUGUUUAUGUUGUAUGCACUGGGUAGAAACGGGUCAAUUUAGUCCCUUCAAUUUUGGGUACUGAGAAUUGUUAGAGAUUUAAAAUGAAGUAGAUUCAAGAAAUCAGGUAAAGGAAAUCUUAUAGGAAAAAAGUAAAUCAAAAAUCAAAAUAUUUGUGGGCACUCUCCCUUUCGAAAAGUAAGUGUGUGAUAAUAUAACAUUUUGUAUGCUUCAAUUUUAAAUAUUUUUUUACAUCAUAUUUAAAAAAAAAUGCUUUUUAUUACUCUAUAACUAAAUUAGAUAAUUUCCAUAUAUUUGUGAUAAUUCUCUUUAUGAAAUUCCAUGCAACAUCAAAUUAACCCUUAGGAAUUAAAUUCUUUUUCCCCAAGUAAUUGUAAGUUUGAAAUCUACGGUUUGUUAGAUAAGAUGUUAGACUGAAAUUGACUGGAUUUUACUGAGUGCACAUUAUUUAUUUAUUAGAAUGAAUAUGACAGAGAAUUGGCUUGCUGUGAAAAAGAAUACAUAGAGAGAAUGUGUUUCGUAUACAUGUCAAGUGCUAAAUAACUAUGUGAUAAUUAUGGUAUAAUUGUUAGUCCAGCAUUGCUGGUGUUAUGUACAGUGUUAGAGUGUACACGUACUUAAAUUAAGUUUCAACUUACAACCUUACUCCAUUCAUUUUUUAAUGCAAAAUAUAUGUUGGAAUUUUUAUUUUAGAUUUUACAAUGUCCACCGAUGUAAAAAGUAUUAGUAUUAUUAGGGCAUUUGUAGACAUUUUUCUUACUGUGAUAGAAACAUCUUGUUGGUUUACAAUGUACUAAAUUUGUACACAUAGUUAUUACUUUUCUAAUAAUAAAAUAUAUUAGGUAUUUUCAUGAAACUUGAUACAGAUUUUGAUUAUGAAUUAAGUGAAUAUAUACAAUUAUUAAAAAAAAAGUAGAUAUAAUAUUUUCAGUAUAUAAGAAAAACAGAAUUGACGGCUUGAGAACAUGUCCAUAAUGAUUAUCAUUGUAUACUCAUCAUCAUUGUAUACUCAUCAUCAUUAUUAGAAUUAUUGAAGGAUAUUUAGUUGUAUUUUGUAAAAGAAGAACAUGCACUUCAUGUAUAUUGGAAAUGCUGUUUUCAUGUUUGCAUUUAUAUAUUUUUUGAGGAAUUUCUCACCAUCAUAAUAAACAAAGUACAAAAGUACAAAAUAAUGCAGUAUUUAACUUCAGCUAAUUAAUGGUUUUAAAUUACUUGAUUUCUUAUGAGACUGUAGAUUUUUAUCUAUCAUAUCUUAAUUUUUUGUAUCAGAGGACAUAGUUGAUGUAUAUAAUGAAAACCAAACUAAUUAUAUAUUUAUAUUCAGCUUCCAGAUCAUUAACUAUAUACUAUAUAUUUGGCCAAGACUUAGUGAGAGAUUGUCUCACUGUAAGUAAAGUAGCAUACAACAUCUUAUUUUGUAGUAUCUCUGCUAGUCACAGCUUUGGAAAAAUUAAAAAUUUGAAAAUAUUUUAUCUGUGGUAAGCUUGUGUUUUGAUUUCAAACCUGCUAAACAAUAUAUGAGAUUGAUAUUUUUAGCCCUAUCAGUUAUAGAAGUACUUUUUGAUAUAUGUCUAAUAACAAUUUCAGUUUUUGCAUUUGAAAAGUAGAGCCAUUUACUAUUCACAAUAUUUAUUUAUUAGUUGAAAAGGAAGUUAAAAUCCAGUUUGCAAGUCAAAAGUUAUUAAUUUUCAAAAAGAUUCAUUUUUUUUAAAUGACCCUUAACCAUGAUAAAAUAAAGGACCAAUAAACUCCUCUAAGUUGUUUCAGGUAUACAAUAGUUUCAGGUUUAGAUAAUACAUAGUAGUUUCAGGAUAUUUACAUUAAAUAUAAUCCAGAUUAGUUAAGUAGGACUUUCUUAGUCAAGUAUAAAGCAGAUCAAACAUUUGCAUAAAGAUGCCAUUGUAUUUUAGCAUAAUUUUCAUCAGAUUUUUUGUUAACCAAACGGUUGUAAUUUGAUUAAAGUGCUUUUUGAUAUGAGUUGUAGCAAAUAUUUUUGCAAGCUCGUACAUUGUUUAAUUUACAUUACAUUUUAGUUUGUAAAGUUUGAAGUAUUUAAUGAUCAUUUUGCUAAAACAGAUGUUUUUUAUUCACAUAAAUUAUUUAUUAUUACAGAUUUUAUCAUCUAUUCCGUCCAUAUUUUACUUGUUAUUGUUUUUUUAUGUACAGUAUUUUUAGUACAAGUCUUGUUAGGUUAUUGAGAAUGUAAAUAAAUAAGUGUGUCAUUGUAAAUAAUAUUUGUAUUUAUCAUUGGUAAGUGGAAAAAUCUUCUUUUCAGUCUUGUUAGCAUCUUUAACUCUACAGGAAUCUCUCACUUAAUAAUCUGAACUUGUAUAUCUGUUAUGAAAUUGUAGGAUUCUAUCGCUUGAUUUUUGUUUUCCAAUAAUAUGUGACAGUUUGAAUAAUAAAAUGUUGUCACAAGAAUGGAAUAUCCAUUUAAGUUGGAAAAUUUUCAUGGAUAUCCCAAAAAACCUUAGUCCAGCAAAAAUAAUGAUCAAUUCCACAACUGCAUCAUAUUAUUUAGUUUGCUUUUAUAUUUAAUUAAUGGAAUUCAAAGAACAUAAUAUGGGCAUAGAAUUAUCAGAGACACAUUAUUAAACCAGCACUGAUCAAUCUCCUGACAAAUAUUGCUCAACAAGUAAAAGAUGAUCUACAUCAAAACCAACUUCAAUAAAAAAAAAUCAAGAAUUUUUCCUGUAGUAAGUUGUUAUUAUAUAAAACUGAAUGUGAUUGGGACUGUGGAGAAAUAGGUCCAUAGAGUUGGAACAAGUUAAAGUAGAGCUACAUUCUUAUUUUUAUUCAUAAAGGAUUAAAGAAAAUCUGCACAAAAAAUUGCCCAUAUUGUGUUGAACUGAUUUAACUCUUUCUAGCAGUCUAUUGGGGAAAAGCACCAGUAGCAAAUCUUGACAAGGGAACCAUAAUCUAUUAAUAUUCAUGAUGAAUUAUUUCUGACCAAUUUGUAUUUGAUUGUAAUUUUAUGUUGUUCAAAACCAGAUGUACUGGUAAUGUAAACCUGAUGAUAGUACUGUUUUAUCUAUUUUUGUAAGUCAUUUGAGAAUUUUCACUUUGUUGUUACUCCUGACAGUUUUCCAUAAAGGCGAGUCAUUAAAAACUUAAAAUAGUAUACAGAGUGCCUUCAGUGAAGUGAUUAAAAUUUUACAAGUUACUAUAAUUGUAUGAUGAAAAAGAGACACCUUAGGAAGUUUAAUCCGUCCAUGUAUUUCAGGUUUAAUUUAAUGGUGAGUUCAUAAAGUUAAAAUUAAGAUCAUUUAUAAACAGAAAACAGUUGUGCUGGGUUGAUCUUUUACAUGAAGAGGAAAUUAUGACCAAAAUAAACAUGUUAUGCUGUCAUGAUCUUUCCACAAAAGAGAAAAUAAUGACCUUAUAAAAACUGAAUUUAAUGUAUUUGUUUCAUGUCACACAGACCUAAUUGGUCAUUCUGCAACAGUUUAUUGUGUAAUUAUGAUAAAUAAGGGUUCUAUUUUAGUUUCAUUCUUGUUAUUUUUUUGAGAACACAACUUUUAAUAUGUUUUAUUUUUUUUUAAAUUAAAAAUGGUUUCUAUGUUUUCAGUUAAAACUUUAAAAAAAUGCAGCAGUUUGCUGAUAGUAUGGAUAAUAUUUCAACAAAAAAUUGCCUUCAUGUAAGAGAAAUUUCAUCAAUUCCUGUUAUGGGAAAAUAUCUGAAAUAAUUUACCAAUCUUAAAUUACUUAUUUAAUUCUAAAUGAUCCUUAUACCUGUGACAAAUGAAAAAUUGAAAUUGCAGAUAACUGGAAGCUAAGAUGUACAUGUACCAAUAAUUUUCAUCCGUGAGUACAUGACCUCAUGUCUCUCAUAUAGAGUCAAGAAAAUUUGUUUCUGUUUAUUUUAAAAUUAUAUCUUUUUAUUUUUUUAUCCUUCUCUUUUAAUUUUGUUUGGGUCCAUGUUUUCUUUGAUCAAGGAAUGAUAUCUGGUUUUUGUUUUGAUCUUUUUCUGAACUGUUUUAUUUUCUAGAUUUGUAGACUUUUGUUUAAUACUAGUAUCACAUACUGUAAGGAGUUAACACUGUGUAGAUGUAUUAUUUGUGCUUGCUCAAACCAGUUAUUCCAUCCCAUAGUCAUUUUGGGCUGUCUUUGCAAUGAUUAUAAUAAAUAUGUCUAGAAAAAAUUGUUGCAUUAUUAUUUGUCACUGUUUAAAAGUGAAUAAAUGUUAACUAUUCAUGUAAAGUUUACUACAUGUAGUUGCAUUCAUAUACCGAGGAUUUUUCAGUUUACAAAUGUGGAAAGUUUAUUGUAGAUUGACCAUAAACUCUGUUGUUAGUAGUAACUUAAUUGAUCUCAAGUAGGCAGUAAAUGAAUGAAAUAAACAAGUUUAGUUAGUUA